AUGUCUUCGACGGUUUCAGACAGUCCGUAUGGGGAAUUCAACUUGAGUCGAGCUGGGUUCGAAUCAUUUCUCAAUGGUGAAAUUGAGACUAUCUUGGAUGACAAAACCAACGAAGGCUUGGAAGAUGUCUUGUUGAGACAUGGGUGUCUCGUGAUGGCACGAAAAUUGGCGUCUUGCAAGCCGUCACCUGCAAUUGACCACCACAAAGAUUAUCGUCUUGAAUGCAGCUUACUUGAGCAAAUCCAAUUGCCUUGUUCACAGCCGUUAGUUGAUGUCGUCGACAAAUUUGGACCUUUCGAUGUGUAUGGCAUGCAGUUAUAUCCUCGAAGCAUUGGGGCUAUCAUGAAUCACUAUUUGUUAAUAGCAAUCUCUCUGGGUCAAAUCAAUCGGGAUCUGCUACGGACCACUGUCAUCAAUUGGAGUAACACAGCAUCAAGAAGAUUCUUGAAGGAAAGAGUCCAUCAGUUGGUUACUCGCUUAGCUGAUGAUAUUACACUUAAAGCGCCCGUGGCUGAUGGGUGGGAGGAACUCUCUGUUCGAGCCCCAAUUCUGCUGGUAGGCUCUGUUGCUGCUCAACGCAUUGCUAACCUUCAGGAGUAUGGGUGCACCGUAUCGGCUCAUUUAGAACUGGUAAUCGAGGCUAUGAAGACACUCGACGACUUAUCGCAGUAUGAUGAAUUAUCGUUCGAGCAGCUUCAACUACUUAAUGAAUACGUCGGUGAUGAGUUUACUGUCGUGCUGGUGAACCCAAAGUUAAUGGAGGAAGCGUUUCACGCCACUCAUGACCAUGUUUACAAAUACUACUCGGCAGUAGCCCGCCAGUUCCAAAGCUAUCUGUCGCUUCCUCGAUUUGACACUCAAGGCGACCCUUGGCAAUUGUACCUGUUGUGUGACGGAAACUUGGUGGGCCCGUUCAAGACUGGUAAACAUCUGGAACGGUUAGCAUGGAUGUUGGGAUCUGAAGAUGCAGACGUUACAUUCCCUCUUAACGCCUACGUCAAGCUGUCACAAGGAAAGAGCCGUGAAGAUUGUAUUCUCGACUUUUAUUCAUCAUACCUUGAGGCUCAAUAG